AUGGGCCGCACACGGACCCAGAACAGUUACUCUGAGUAUGUUAUCAAUCUCUCUGAUGUUACUCUCACUCCAUCUCAAACGAGCCUUUUGAGUAAGGGUCUGAACUUCUGCCCCACCCCGGGCGAACCAGAUUUUGGGGAACUUUUCAAAGACCUGGACAAAUUCCAUGUCAGCCUCAGGAGACGGGCAUUCUUCCACAGUGAUGACCCUGAUUCGGACCCACCCACCCCUGGGAAUGUUAACUCUUUGGAACAAAAGUUAGAACUAACCUCUAAGUGGAACCCACCGGGACCACCCGACUUGGAGGCUUUCAUUCGCACCAAUGAAUUCCAGUUUGAUCGGAUCCCAAUCCGAGCUCCUCACACCCAGAACCUCACUGAGAAUGAGAAAGCAGCAAUCUCCCAACUUCAAAAAUUGUCCCAAAUUGUCAUCAAACCAGCAGACAAAGGCUCAGCCAUUGUCAUUAUGAACAAAACAGAUUAUAUUGCGGAGGCAGAGCGUCAACUCAAAAAUUUGACACACUACCGCUCCAUCCCGGAGGAAUCCACACCCCUCCAUGCAACUCAGGUCACAUCCUUCCUGACAGAUAUGCUUAACACAGGAGAAAUCACUGAAAAAAUGUAUGCAUAUCUCGAUCCCUGCAAACCUAGAACACCCCAGUUCUAUCUCCUACCGAAAAUACACAAGGGAAUAACGCCACCACCAGGCCGCCCCAUCAUGUCAGCAAACGGAUGCCCCACUGAACGCAUCUCCCAGUUAGCAGACCACUUCCUCCAACCACUGGUGAAAAUGACCAAAUCCUACAUCAAGGACACGACACAUUUCCUCCAACUAAUAAACUCCCUGGGACCACUCCCACCGGACGCCCUUCUAGUCACACUAGACGUCACAUCUCUCUACACCAACAACCCCACAGAAGAAGGAAAGAGAGCAGUAGCCCGCCACCUCGUAAGACACAGACCAGGUGGACAUAACGUCAUUGGUCCCACAAACCAAUCGAUUAUUAGAUUACUGGAUCUAGUCCUUACUAAGAACAAUUUCCAGUUUAUCAACCAGAACUACCUACAGAUAUCUGGGACAGCAAUGGGCACCAAAGUUGCACCGUCCUUUGCCAAUCUAUUCAUGGCGGACUUCGAGGACCGCUAUGUGUACAACCAACCAAUAAAACCACACUUCUGGGGACGUUUUAUUGAUGACAUAUUUGCGAUUUUUACCCACACCAGGGAACAAGUGGAUGGUUUUGUAAACACACUGAAUUCACAACACCCCACCAUUAAAUUCACAGCAGAGAUUUCAGACUCGAGUGUCAACUUCCUGGACACAACGGUAAACCUGCUACCCACUGGCGAACUGUAUACUGACCUAUAUGUCAAUCCUACAGAUUCGCACAACUACCUUCUCUACUCGUCAGCCCACGUUGCCUCUUGCAAACAGGGAAUCCCAUACGGACAAUUCCUGAGAGUCCGCAGAAUAUGCUCUAGAUUAGAGGAUUUUGAACACCACUCACUCAUUCUAGCACAACACUUCGCCAGGAGAGGUUACCCCAACCAACUCAUAGAGGAAUCACUGAUCAAAGCCCACAGGCAAAACAGAGCAGCCCUCAUCACCGCACAACCAAAUACACCAACUGAGGAAGAGGCACAACCACCUUUCUUCUUUGUCACUACGUACAACCCAGCCCAAACUGAACCGUACAAAAUCAUCAGCGAAAACAAAGACAUUCUCGCCAGGCACCGAACGACAUUACACCUGUUCGAAUGCCCCAUCACUCAAGGCUUCAGGCGCCCACCAAACCUGAGAGACCUUCUAGUUAGAGCAAAACUUGACAACUUGACAAGCACAACCACGAAGACAAACCAACUAAUCUGUCUCUCACCCAGCAGGUGUCGAUACUGCCCACGUCUGGACACCACAGGUAGGAUCACCAGCCGCACCACAGGCCGGUCUUACAGAACAAAGAACAACAUCUGUUGUCAGAGCAAUAAUGUCAUUUAUUGUAUCCAAUGUAUAACAUGCAACAAACAGUAUGUGGGCGAAACGAAACAGACAAUCAUUGGUCGUUUCCAGAAACACUUCUAUAACAUAACCAAGCACAACCAUGCUGAAAUCAUCGGCUAUCACUUCGAUCAAACCGACCACCAUGGACUGGAUGAUGUACGCAUCUUCGUCCUAGAAUUCAUCCACGCCUCCCCAGAUGCGGAUAACUCCAAAAACAUUAGACCCGCCAAAGAGUCUACAUGGAUCCAUCGACUGCGCACUAUGUCACUGCUCGGUCUCAACAUCAAGGACAACACGUCCUGGUAA